AAGUGAGUGUUGGCAACAUUCAGGCUGCGAGGGUUAACACGCCCGUGUCGCAGCAGUUGUCCUUAUACUCGAUUCAGCCACUAACAAAACAAAAUAAAGUGUUCUUUCUUAGGUGCGCACAUGGAAAUAAGAUUGAGCUUUGAAUGAAACUGCGCGUCACCUGAGACAAGGAGGAAACAAGGGCGAGUGCGCAGAUUUUUUAAUUAAAAUAAAGAUGAUGGAAACGAAUGGGAUCGAGAUAAAAAACAACGGGAUGGAGGGGGAUCCGGACCUCCAGUUCCUCCUGCAGGGGGGAGACCUCCUCAAGGUCCGCUCCACAUCCUGGAAGAAGACUCGCUUCUUCAGACUCCUGGAGGACUGCAAGACCAUGUGGCGCGAAUCCAAGAAAACCUUCAGGAAGAAACAGACCUUUUCACUCGAUGACGUCUCAGCGGUGCGAAUGGGCCGUCAUUCGGAAGGCUUGAAGAAGUACACGGAGGAGCAGGUGGAGGGCCGCUGCUUCUCCAUCAUGUUCAAGAGCCACCGCAAGAACCUGGACCUCAUCGCCAGCUCAGAGGAGGAGGCCAAGCAGUGGGUCCAAAGCCUGGAGAGUGUGCUCUCCAAAAUAAACAACCUCAGCCGCCAACAGACCACAGAGCACUGGAUCUUCAGCUGCAUGAGGAAGGCAGACAAGAACAAAGAUGAAAAGCUGAGUCAGUCAGAGGUUAAGUCCUUCCUGCGUCUGAUCAACAUCGAAGUGGACGAUGACUAUGCAGAUAUUAUUUUCAAGAAAUGCGACAAAUCCAAAUCUGGAUACCUGGCUGGAGAAGAGAUUAAACAUUUUUAUGACCUGCUGACUCAUCGGGAGGAAAUUGACGUGAUCUAUGGAGAAUAUGCUAAAACCACAGGCUUCAUGAGCCCAGACAACUUGGUGACCUUCCUGAUGACGGAGCAGAGAGAGAAAACCUCGUUGGCCAAUGCGCACAAAAUCAUCGAGAAGUUUGAGCCAGAUGAAAGUGUCAAGGCGAAGAAGCUGCUGUCUAAAGAUGGCUUCCUCAUGUUCAUGCAUCAUCCGGAUGCCAUGGUUCUCAAUCCAGAUCACAGGGACGUGUACCAGGAUAUGAGCCAGCCCCUCAACCACUACUUCAUCUCCUCCUCGCACAACACCUACCUCAUGGAGGAUCAGCUCAAAGGGCCCAGCAGCACGAAUGCUUACAUCAGGGCUUUGCUGAAGAGCUGCCGCUGUGUGGAGCUGGACUGCUGGGACGGAUCCGAUGAUGAGCCAGUGAUCUACCACGGCUACACGCUCACCUCUAAGAUCCUCUUCAAAGAUGCGAUCAAAGCCAUCAAGGAGUAUGCCUUUAAGACGUCCGAUUACCCAGUCAUCCUCUCCUUGGAGAACCACUGCAGCGUGGAGCAGCAGGCGGUCAUGGCCCAGCACAUGAGCUCCAUCCUGGGAAGUGCACUGGUCACCACCCCACUGGGGGACGGCAUGCCCACAAACUUCCCAUCUCCUGAGGAGCUAAAGGGGAAGUUCCUGAUCAAAGGGAAGCGAUUAAACAAACUGGAGGACAUCUUCACUCAGGAUGCGGAAGCAGCUUCUGACACUGAAAUGACGGAAGAGGAAGAGUCUCUCGAUGAAGAUGAGGAUGAGACACAGGAGAAGAGCAAGAAAAAGCUGAAACUGGCGAAAGAGCUGUCGGACAUGGUGGUCUACUGUAAGAGCGUCCACUUCUAUGGCUUUGAGGAUGCCAGGAAAAACCUGAGCUUCUAUGAGAUGUCGUCUUUCAAAGAGGGAAAGGCCAUGAAGCUGGCAGAGAAGUCCGCGAAUGCUUACAUCCGCCACAAUGUGGAAAAACUGAGCCGCAUCUAUCCAGCUGGCUCCAGGACCGACUCCUCAAACUACAACCCAGUGCCCCUGUGGAACGCCGGCUGCCAAAUCGUGGCCCUAAACUUCCAAACGCCCUGUACAGACAUGGAUGUGAACCAGGGCAGGUUCCUGAUUAACGGUAAGAGCGGCUAUGUCCUCAAACCGGCCUACAUGAGGGACUUGGCCACGGAGUUUGACCCCAUCACCCUGACCAGGGGAGACUGGCUGAAGCACAAGACCCUACAUGUCAUGGUUAUAUCGGCCCAGCAGCUCCCCAAAAUCAACAAGAAGAAAUCCUCCAUAGUGGACCCGCUGGUGAAGGUGGAAGUCUACGGAGUGCCGGCUGACGUCGCUGAGAAAGAGACCAAUUCUAUUUAUAACAAUGGUUUUAACCCUACGUGGAAUGAGAACUUCCGGUUUGACGUGUACGUGCCAGACCUAGCACUCGUUCGCUUCGUCGUCGAAGACCACGACUCCACGUCUGAUAACGAGUUUGUCGCACAAUACGUGCUCCCUUUCAACAGCUUAAAACUGGGAUACAGACACGUGCCUCUGCACAAUAAGAACGGAGACCUUCUCCCCUCAGCUGGACUCUUUGUGCACAUCAUGGUCGUUGACGCUGAAUAAGACGUCAUGGACAGCGUGCCCUUCUGCAAGACGCUAGAAUCUCCUUCACACAGCCAUCGUUCAGCUGUUGAUGUUGUUUUUUUUUUCCUUCACAGUUUUGGUCCAUAAUUAACUUAUUGUUUUAAUUCCAGUAGCUUGUAAAGCUACUGUAUUAGUGAUAUAAAGACCAAAUUCUUGUCAAGGGACAGCGUCAAGUGUGUCAGGUUUAAACUUAAUAUUCCCAAAACUGGUAAAUUGGAAGGUCAGAUACAUGCAUGCAAAUGCAGGUUUGUCAGAACAUGUAACAAUGAAUCACAUCACUUUUUAUUCACAGUUGAUUGGUAUGUGCUGUACUAUAUCAUGUUCAGCUUGGCAUAUUUUUUUUUCAUGGACAGGUUGAAUCACUGAUGUCAGGUCAGUUUAAUCGAUUACCUAUUUUUUUUUUUUUUUUUUAAUUCAAAUAUGAAUUUUAUUUCAAAGUAACGUAAGCAAAUAUGAAAACAACUUGGUCUGUUUUCAUCAUUAACUUCAAUCAAAUAGGAUACUUGUUCCUGUAUCUUCAUAGUAUUUUUGUAAAUCAAGUUGAAUGCACUGUUAAAACCUUA